AUGUUCCGCCGUAAGAGGAGCUCUUCGCAUCAUCAGCCUCUCUCCACCAGUUCAUCGCAAUCUGCGCAGAGCGCGGCCACCCAUGCCUUUCUCAAAUCCCAACCCUCAUCCAGCAGUCUAUCGUCUGCUGCCGCUGCGACUGCCUUAAGGAGUCUCACGCCAACUCCGCAACCCGUGGAAAAUGUCCAGACCAAACGAAUGGUCCAGCGGCGGGCGUCCGUUACAUCGCAGACCAGUUUUACCCCUAGCCUUCGCUCCAACAGCAGAAAUGGCCUCCGUCGAAUCAAUAGCUCAAGUUCCAUGUCCAACCGGUCUUUUCGAGACCCGUCCCCCCGUCGACCUGCGACCAGCUCAGGCCCCGUUGGAGCCGUCGAUGUGGCCCCGCCGCUGCCUUCAAUUCCCCCGGAAUAUGCUGGCCGAAAGCCCCAGACUCGACGUUCCGUCAGCCUCGAUCCGCCAAUGCGAUCGACUCCGUCCCCGAGGCGUACGCAGAACCGUGGGAUAAGUGUUGACCCCGGAGUGAGGGCUUCAACUGGUCAAGCGUACAGUGGCCGGCUUAACAGUCUGACCACAGUCCCGGAACUCGACAAGGACUUGGAAAGAUCUGGGAGCAGAAACUCUAUCAAUUUUUCUUACCCGAUGGGUGCUCGACCUAGUCCACCACCGAGUCCUUACAAUAAGCGCGAUGGUUCUGCGGGAGCGUCAUUGGCUCAAUUGUCUCCAGCGGAAAUCUCCAAUAUUCAGAACCAGCCCCUCAAGAAGCCGACCAACAAGAAUUCAAAGGGAGCUUCUCCCCAAACUCCUGAGAAGGGCCACACGGUUGGGACUGCUGUCGCAGCGGCGCAGGCUGCCAUUGUGCCUAGCAAAGAGACCCCGAAUUUAAACACCCCUCGUUCUGCAGCUUCUCGCGACCCCACUGAUCAGAGGCCAUCACCGUCCCGCCCUGGCCCGAAUAAACGACCACAACCUACGGCCAUUGAAAAUCAUGAUGCCCGUGCGGAAUUGGGCACUUCGGGUGAAAUUUCUAGUCAAAAGCGUGCUGGUAGUGGUUCCCCAGUUGAUCGGUCGGUGCCUCAGCAAAAUGGAAAUCCCCGUACUGCCAACCCACCGAAGGAGCAUCUGACAGGCAGAGUCACACCUACUACCGAAGUGACGAUUGCGCCAUCACUGAACCAGGCUGUUGGUUCGUCGGGAUCUGACCGUUCUAUCGAGACGGAGCCUGGGCCUUCCACUCUGCAAUUGAACAGUAGCCCGGGUAGAUCUGCACGCUUCUCGAAUCGACUUUCUGUCACGGGCCUUGAUCAAUUGCACCAUCCUCCCCCGAGGUCGGUGUCUCCGGUCAAAUCUGCAAUGAAGCAGUCGAAUUCGCCAAAGGGCUCUUUGUCCCCAGAGAGACGAGUUGGAGUAGUUGUUCGCCCCGGCCCAGCGCUCAGCGAAAUAUCAGACGGCACUUCGGUGGCUUCAGAUGAGGGUUCCAGGCUGGGCGUCAGGAGAAAGCCUGUUAAAGUCAGCUUUGAUGACGAGGCCGAAAUUGUUGGUGUUGCGGCGAGCCCACCUACAUCACCUGAAGAAAUGUCCCCGGAAUCUCCCCCAGGCAAGUUCAAAGCGAAGAACAACUGGUUUGGUGUCGCAAAACGAAAGCCGCUUCUGCUGGACAAUUCCGGCAUGGAUGAUUUCGAUGAAGUGCUAAAGCCCCGGCCUGCGCUCCCUUCGUUUGGCAGUAUACGGGGGGCCAGGGAUACGGAGCAGCAAGGUGUUAUCAAGGAAGAGCCAAGUGACAACGAAUCUACUGCUUCGUCGAGUUCCAAUAUGGUGGUGCCAGGUUGGUCUCUUUCAAACGACCAUGCCAUUGGUGGUAUUCUAUCCAGGGCCCAGUCAGAGGAUGUUGAGGAGCGUAAAGAUCUUGACCAUGCGCCGCUUCCCGCAGUAAACGAAACACCUAAUGCCCCCAGCUAUGCGGAGAAACUCAAAGAAAAUCUACCAGCUGAGCCGACUCCACAGACAUUGGUGGUUGAGUCCGUGCCAGGGUUGGGAACAAACCCGAACUCGGAUGUGAAAGAGGAAGUAGCUACCACUGCGGAUUCGAAACCGUCCAUCCCCGCUAUUGCUGUCCAGCCCGCCACCCCAGGGAUUGAAAAGGAGAGAUCGAGUCUUGAGAUCUAUACUGUUCCCGGUGGAUUUCCUCGGUCCUCCAUGGAGUUCGAUCCCAAAGCUUCUGGAAAGAAAAAAGGCAAAAAAUCCCAUGAAAGGUCUGGUUCUGGAACCAGUGUCUCAUUUGAUGAGUCUGGCAUGUCGGUGCCAAAUGCCAAUCAUUCCGAUGAAGACUCUGGUGAUAGUAUUUACAGCGAUGCUGCUGAAGAUAUGGAAGGCGACGGUUUUGGUUCCAUCAAUGCCAUAGUGGAUAGUCGACAGGCUGCUGGUGCAGACCCAUUCAUUGCUACGAACGGCCCUACUGAGGUCGCUUCAAAUGGCAUUAUGCCUGAUAAGCCUGAUGCCACGGAUGAUACAGAUCAAAUCGGUCGCGCGGUGACCCCAGCACAAGGAGCAGCCAUUCCGGAUGUUGCGGAUUCUCCCGAGUCUCCCAAGAUGCCUCUGCCAUUUUCAUCGCCAUACCCACCUUUUCCAGUCAACAACAAAGGAGGUGUCGCGAGGUCAAACACCACCUCGAAGAAAGCCGGACGGCCCGUGUCGGUGGCUGCCCCCCGUGAACCUCUGCCACAAGCUACUCAGGGACCUGGUCAAGAGCGUAAGAAGAGGCCUGUGUCCAUGGGUCCAGUUUUCCACAAGACCAAGGACGUUGGCUUUGAUGAUGCCGGGCCACGUAUGAACGGAAGACGUGCCAAUUCCUUGGCGAGGCCAACGUCGAGUGGUAGCGAUUCGUCAAGCAGUUUCAAACGAACCAAUCGCUCGCCGAAAGGGGACUCACCACAUGCCAUGCGACGGACAAUGAGGGGAAAUGCUCAGAGUUCUCAAAUACAAUCACCCUCUCACAGUCCGACAUUGCCAACUGAACGACGGCCGAUGUCCUCGGGAUCUACUUCAAGCAAAGCGAUGCGAACAACUCUCCGAGGAAAUGGUCUUCAAAAUGGAAAGGCUUCGUUUUUCACCACAGGCAAACCGCCUCGGACGAAGAUAGCCAAGGCACCCACCACUGUGUGUUCUUUGUCACGAUUUGCCGACUCCGACGAUGAAGACGGUGGAAACCAGUCGCGGAAUUUCCGCAGUCGAUUUGUGGACUCGAGUGACGAGGAGGGACCAGCUACGAGCAACCUCCGCCCAGUUCGAGGCAUUCCCCGCCGUCAAGGUGCACAUGAUGGGGACUCAACUGAGCUGGAAGACAGCUCAGAUGAGGACAAGCGUCAAGGUGCACCGUCUACCCCCGCAAAAAAGCAAAACGGAACAGGCCCGACGGGCACAUCUCCAUUGGCUGCAGUGGCCAAAUCCCGCGGAGUGAGUGAACAGGAAUUGGAGGAGUUUCUUCACCAACCAAACCGGGGGCGAGUAUCGGGAUUUUUCAGUCGUCUCAGUAUCAAAAAGCCCAAAAAUUCCGACCAUAGGAUCCGCAGGUCUACUUUGGAAAGCCCGAGCAGACGCGAUACGCCCCUGGAGCGUUCGCGCCAGGAACUCGACCAAAUUCGAGAGGAGCCUCUGGGUACGGUAACAACCGUUACAUCCGAUAACGUCGACAACAACCAUUCACCAUCACCUUCCAAGCUUCUGAGAAAGGGCUCUCGCAGAGCGGGACCGGGCGAGAAGUGGCCGCUUGAACAGGACUCGAAGGACUCGGAAGCAGCAAAGACAAACGGGGUUCCGUUAGCCAACCGACAGCCUGAACGGCCUCGAACCGCAGAUGGUGUGCUCCGCAAUGAGAGUGCCAUGGUCAAUGGCACGAGUAACGGCAAUGGGACGGCUGCUAAAGAGCCAGAGAGUCCUCAUGCCCGGUCCAAUGGUGAAGGAUCACAUUUCGGCAAUCGCAACAGUACGGCAUUGGACGUGAUCAUUGAACCCUCUGGACGAAAGAAGCGGUUUCCCAUGCUCCGCAAGGCAUUUGGCCUGCGGAAUUAA